GCCGCGUAUUCCCAUUGCACCGCAACUAUGCAAUACUCCCAACUUUCGGUGCGAGGAGACGCCGGGGCACUUGCUCCCCUGUGCGGCCGGACAAUCCAAAUUUGGCCUGGAGGGGUUGGAGGCACCCGAGCUCGACAGUUCAGCAAGCAACUGGCUCGGCUCGCUUGCGGCCGGCUCGGCCUCCCGAGCCCUGAACCGUUUGCCGUCCGUGGCGAAAAUACGCGUGGACGGCGUCGCCCGUCCGUUGGGUGGAGGCAGCGCCCUGUAUUUUAUUGUUUUGCUUAUUUUUUUUUCCUGGUUUUUGAUUCUUGACUUCGACCUUUUGCGCCUUCUUGCUCGCGGCGCUUCCUACCGAACAAACCGCGGGUUGUAA